AUGAUGCUUUUCUCUUCCCCGCAAUGUCCAUCGUUUCCCCCGUGUGCCGCUGUGCCACCACUUUUCCCACCUCUACCACCACCUCCAGUUAUGGCUCCGCAGAACGCAUGUCAGACCGCUUGUCCGCCCCCGGUCCUUCCAUUCUUGCCACCACCACCUUGUCAACAAACCUGUGGAGCUGGUCCUCCACCGCCAGCUCCUCUCCCCCCAGUUGCUCCUCUUCCUCCUCCAUUGCCACCAAUCUCCACCAUCUCUUCCACAAACUAUGGAGGACCAUUUGCAUAUCCGCAAUCGAUUCCGUCAUCGUCACUCGUCCCCCCAUCUCCUCAAUUUGUUCCAUCGACGGUUCUUCCCGAAACAACUCUUUCCACUCUUCCACCACUUGUCCCAUUGCCAACUCCCGGAUAUGCACAAUCGAUUCCCUCGCCCCUUCCACCGCCUCCAUCACUCGUCCCAUUGACCUAUCAAAGCCCGCAAUCCGCCAAUCUUCCUCCGACUUUCACAGAGACUGAACCAAAGCCAGCCUCACCAUUUCAAAGUGCUUAUGUCGAAGAAUUGGCACCAACUCUUCUUCCACCACCAUCUCAAGAAUACAAGACAAAAUAUUCAAAAGAGCGCGUGUUCUUUGAGGGAGAUAGCUCAUCAAAUUCAAAGGAAGGUUUAACGGAAUACGAUGAGAAUGAGGGCGCCGCUCCACCAUCUCCGCCAGUUGGACAAGUUUCCGGUCAAGUAGGCGUUCCCUAUCAACUACCUGGCUUUAUCCCCACAGUCCAAACAGCCGGCGCCUAUCCCCCAAGCGAAGAGGAUGAUCGAAUCUAUGCAAAAGAUGGAGAAGUGAAACAUUCAAACGGAUUGACGAGCUCUAUUGAAUACAAUCCUUACUUUGAUGGCGCUCAUCCCCCAUCAGCAUCAGCACAACAAGAGAAUUUCGAGAGUUUCUCGAAACGCAAUGCGCUUCUCAAGCGACACAAGUCAGCCAAACAGCACUCUUCGAAUACGAUUCAAAAGACGACGACAACUUGUAACAGCGAGAAACUGGCUCGUGUCAUGGCCAAGGCAAUCAAUGGCGAUGUAGCAGUCGCGAAAAAGUUGGUCCAAAAAGCUACAGAAGUCGCGUUUGAUGGGAGCAAAUUUGAUGUAUUUUGCGCGAAUGGGGAAUUCAGUUACAGCAUUCAUUCGAGAAAAUAUUGCGAGAUCACAAAAGACGAGGUGACUUGCUUUGCUUUCCGA